AUGGCGGUGCGGUUGUGUGUUGCAGCGGUGACGGACGGCCCGCGCUUCCUGCAGCCCAUUCCCAACGUGACGGUGGCGCUGGGACGCGACGCGUCGCUCUCCUGCGUCGUCGACAACCUGGGGCCCUACAAGGUGGCGUGGAUCCACAUCGACCGGCAGAUGAUCGUGACGAUCCACAAGCACGUGAUAGCGCGCGUGCCGCGCUUCAGCGUGUCGCACGACAACCAGAAGACGUGGCUGCUGCACGUGACGGGCGUGCAGCAGGAGGACCGCGGCUACUACAUGUGCCAGGUCAACACCAACCCCAUGAUCAGCCAGGUCGGCUACCUGCAGGUCGUAGUGCCGCCCAACAUCGUGGACGCAGAGUCGACCGAGUCGGCGGUGGCGGUGCGCGAGCACCAGAACGCGACGCUCACGUGCAAGGCGGACGGCUUCCCCGCGCCCAAGGUCAUGUGGCGGCGAGAGGACGGACAGCCCAUUGUGCUCUCCAGGCACCGCAAAGGUAGGCGAAAGGUGCGCCUGAGCUGGGCCCAGACGCGGGUGGCCUGCCAGCUGCAGCUGCCCCAGUCAACCGCAGCAGCGUCCUGA